CUUCUUUCAAGUUCCAUAUGAGAUCCAAUAUGGCCACCGCGGCGGCCACCACCACUGUCCCGCUCCGAGGUCGAGUGGCCAUAGUCACUGGCUCGUCUCGUGGCAUUGGCCGGGCCAUUGCAGUUCAUCUCGCGUUGCUCGGGGCAAAAGUCGUCGUCAACUACACCUCCAACUCGGCCCAAGCCGAUCUAGUAGUGGCCGAGAUAAAUUCGUCAUCUCCUAAUGCUGCGAUUUCUGUCAGAGCCGAUGUUUCUGAUCCUGAGAGUGUCAAAUCCCUGUUUGAUGCGGCCGAAAGUGCAUUCGACUCGCCGGCGCACAUCCUUGUCAACUCCGCUGGGGUCAUGGAUGCUAAGCAUUUCUCCAUAGCCAACACUCCCCUGGAAGAAUUUGACAAGAUCUUCAGUGUCAACACCAGAGGCACGUUCCUCUGUUGCCGCGAGGCGGCGAAUCGGCUGAAACGCGGUGGCAGCGGGCGCAUCAUACUGCUGUCAUCAUCCUUAGUCGCUGCCUUGAAGCCUAACUAUGGAGCCUACACGGCCUCGAAAGCUGCGGUUGAGACGAUGACUAGAAUUCUAGCGAAGGAGCUCAAGGGGACGGGAAUAACCGUGAAUUGCAUCGCGCCAGGGCCUAUCGCAACCGAUCUGUUCUUCGCAGGGAGGAGUGAGGAGUACGUCAAGGGCGUGGUCGAGGCGUGUCCCCUCGGCCGUCUAGGAAAGACCGACGACAUCGCUCCGGUCGUCGGGUUUUUGGCGUCCGAUGGCGGUGAGUGGGUCAAUGGACAGGUGAUUCCAGUGAAUGGUGGCUUUGUCUGAGCUGUUACCGUAGCUCUAGAGAUCAAUGACCUACCUAUCCACAGUCCAAAAUAAAGUUGGUGUUGGAAGUUCAAUAAAGAGGAUCGGCUCAAAUGUUACGAUUUGAUCUGAUACUUGUGAGAUUUAGCACUUCAUCGAGGUUCAUUCGAGUAUUACAGUGAACCAAUUUUGUAGAACCAACCCCACUUAAAAUAUCGUUUCUGCGGGCAAA